GUUCUCUAUUUCAACAGGUUUUGUGCAAUUAUUGGACAAACUGUGUCAUGUGACUUAAUUAUCUCGUUGAAAACAGCGGAUAGCAUAACAGCAGUUACAUUAUUGUGCACGACUUUCGACAUGUAGGGAGACUAUCAACUUGCUGGGAAACAAAGCAUUACAUACUCAGUAUGGAACGCUGAAGUCAUUGUACAAUGAAGUGUACCAUUUGCGGGAUGGAAGGUAGUCAAACACCAUGCGCGGUCUGCAAUGGGAAUAAAGAAGCCGCGCUUGGUGCGAAAGGAAAUGGCGAAACUAACACUGAAGUUGUUCAAGCAAACACGUGCCUUAUGUGCCAAUUGCAAACAACAAACAAGCAGUGUACAUGUGGAUUGCCUGAAGAAGAACAAAGCAAUGAAUCAACGCAAUGCGGUAUUUGUCUAAAAAAACAACAUGAAGAGCCGUCCAUCUACCCCAAACCUUAUCCUGUCGACGAAGACCAUUCACAAAGCGAUGCGUCAGAUUCUUUGACAAAGAGAAGUGGUGAAUUUAAAUUUGAGGCAAAUGUUAAUCAGUGGGAAAUAAUCUAUUCAAGAGAACCUGAGUCAUCAACAGAAGUACGUUUAUCCGGACAAGAUAAACAGAAAGUAUCUCUAUUAGAAGACACAGACCCAUUGUUCGAAUCAUAUACACGUCUUAACACAAUUCCCAUGACAAGAACCGCGCCUAAUCAAAAAGGCCAUACCAUUCAACGUGAUUCAAGAAUGAUUAAAGUAACAGAUGCCGACAAAUAUGAAACUGUAUUGGUCCCUAGUGAAAUGCUCCGAUCUGAAACGAAAGAAAGCAGGGAACCUGACAACGCAUUUAUGAAGGUUGAUUUCCAUGCAUAUGUUUCUGUUCAAAUGCUGCAAAAACCGGAGGAUAAGCUAUACAUACAGUUUGAUUGCAUAGAGUUAGGUGGAGUGGGAAGCCUUCGACAUGAAAUGAAGAAAGUGUGCAAUAUAAAGAAAUUCCAAACACUAUUCAUAGAAUAUGAAUACUCGAUUCUUUUACCGUUCAGGCUUGUUCAGGAAAAGUUACUUUACAAGUACUUUGCAUAUCACUUGACGUCUAGGAAAUAUUAUCGGGAGAAAUAUACUUCUGACACUGAAUGCUGUGACAGGACAUUAAUUGUUUGUCGUGAUUUUGCAAUGCAAAAAGCUGUAUGGCGGCAGUACGAUGGAAUCGUUGUUCCCGAACAAAAUGUGUUCCAAAAGUUGUAUUUCAGUGUGGUUCGUAUGUACACACAGUUUGCAAAAGGCUAUGUAAAUGAUCUAACCCCAAAACUGUUUGCUCAACCACUUAACUCACAGAUUAGAUCGUUGAUAGGAAGUGACAUUGAAAGCUGCAUAAUGCUUCUAGAUGGAGUGCGACGAGUUUAUGUACUUGACAUGAAAUGUUGGGAAACAUUUAACGAUUUUCAUAAAGAGGUGUCGGAGGAAGUCAUGCUUACUAACAUAAUUCAGGAAAUUUCAAGUCCAUCUUCAAAACAGAGUAGUACAGACCGAGUACUACAAGCGUUAAGCGUUGCAAUUGUUUGCGAGCGAGUCGGAAUCUCUUUAAAGCAGUCAAAUUGGGAGCGUGUGUGUGAAUGCCUGAUUUUGUCCGUGGAUUCUGAAAAUACACAUGUAGUGGAAAUUGAAUCAAUACGUAACUGUUUUGAAAAGAGCCAAAUCAAGGAUGCUCUUCAAUUUCUUAUCGGAUGCGUUUCUAACUAUGACAAAAAAGUCCAACCAUCUUGGUUGUUUUGCCUACCUCUUCUGCACAUCAUGCUGGACAUAUGCGAACCAUUCGUGGAACCAGACCCCAGUUUGGAUAUUUCGUUAGAAAGUUGGUGGGGUACAAACGAUGUGCUCAAUGUUGUAAAGGCCACGUGCUUAAAAGAAAGUAACCAUCUUGCUAUCUUACGGUUAUUGAGACCUCUUUACAAAAUGGACUACUUUUUAUCUCGAACAAUCGCGAAGACUAUUCAGAUCAAUGACUGUCGUGUCUUAUCGAGUGAUCUUCUGUCGCUGGAUUCUGUUUGUGCAAUAUUACUUCAAGAAGCUAUUAGAGGAUGCCCAACAACGAUUAUGGAAGAAGCUUAUAACAACGUCGUCGUUCGCUUAAAAAGCAAAAGUAGCUUUGACGAUGAUGACGGUUCCGAAGGACGUUGUUGGGUUGCAUAUCAAAUAGCGUACCGUUUUGCUCGGCAACAUUCAAGGACCGAUUCUCCAAACUUGUUGUUGAAUUGCUUACACAUAUUUCUGCAUUGUGUUGCAAGAUAUGACAACAUUUUGAGGGUCAAACACUUGGCGACAAAUGUCAACUCUGAACAUGUUGAGCAACAUGAACACUUGGAUCAUGUAAAGGAAAUUGCAGAUUCAUGUUUGGGACAACUGCCCUCCAUGAAAUAUAGCAAUUUGUUUGAAUAUCUAAAGACUUGGAAACUGGCUUUUCCCAAAACGUUGCCGUCUAAAAGGGUUCGAACAAUUUGGAUAAAUGCGGCUUCAAUUACAUUUAAAGUCGCGUGUUUUCAUUGUAUCAAGUUCUUCCAAACAGACAAUUUUCUCGAGCACUAUUGUUCAGGAGAAGGAAAGUACAGCCAGCCAAUGUAUACCUGUCUCACCACAGUUGCUUUUAAGGUUAUUGAAAGCGGUAAGCUGAACCUUAAUUCUUCAAACAUGGCAGAAUCAAUGAUUCCGAAAUAUACUGCACUUCUGUCAGAACUGUUUCAAAGACACUGGGGCUCAUUUUCAAGUACAACUGACGUGGAGAGAGUUCUGGAACACGCGUUGAAUUGGGUUCCAAUGAAACCGUUCAUUGAGUACCAUAUACACAUUUUUUCAGAUGAUCUCCUUACUGGCACAACACGAGAAAAAUGACCGAAAUAUGCCAUGUAUUAAAGACAUUAAGUAAAUCAAUAAUAAACGGGGAAGUGACCGUUUAUUUGCUUGAAGUUGUGAGCGCAAAUGCGAU